UCAUCACAGCAUCACCAACCUUCCUUUCUUCCUUUUUCAGGAGACGCGUGCGCCGUUUUUGUGCCGCGCCCCCUCCAACAGUCCAGGCGCAAGAGAACACGCGCACAACUUUUCCAUCCAAAGAGGCGUGAGAGCGAUCUGACAACAGAUGCAAACACUGCUCAUGGAUGCUGAAGGAAAGAAGAGCACGGGAAUACGACGUUCUGUCUCCAAAUAUAGAUUUAUAAUUAUUAUUUUAGGUCGCAGAAAAUCCACAAAACCUCACGGGACCCCUUGCUGGUAAAAAAUGGCAAAGAAGACUGAAACAGCUAAAAUGUUCGCUCUAUUUCUUGUUUGAAGAAGAGAACAUGAAAUGAGUGCAACCCCGGUCAACACUUAAACCUCUGGGUAACACCGUCUAAUUAAAGUCUGCGCUGAGAGAUGGGUGACGUGAACGUCAGCCAGCUGACAGGAGCUUCUGCUGAGAUGCAGGACAGUCUCCCGGACGGCCAGUGGGAUCACUAUGGUGACGGCUAUGACAUGGACUAUGGCAUCCCACCUGAUGAGAUCCCAGACACAACACAGGGUCAGGCCUUCUUUGUGGCCACGAUUGUUAUUGGAGUCGUUCUUGUGUGCAUCAUGCUCGUUUGCGGGUUGGGAAACUUGAUUUUCAUAGCCACGCUGACUCGCUACAAAAAGCUCCGCAAUCUCACCAACCUGCUCAUAGCAAAUCUGGCCAUCUCAGACUUUAUUGUGGCAGUGGUGUGCUGCCCAUUUCUGGUGGACUACUAUGUCGUCAAGCAACUUUCCUGGGAUCACGGACUGGUGAUGUGUGCCUCCGUUAACUAUCUAAGGACUGUGUCACUCUACGUGUCUACGAAUGCCUUGCUUGCCAUUGCAGUUGACAGGUACAUGGCCAUCGUCCAUCCUCUGAGACCUCGAAUGAAGUACCAAACUGCCUACUUCCUAUUAACAGGGGUCUGGAUUGUUCCUAUUCUGAUAUCAAUUCCAUCUGCCUACUUUGCGUGUGAGACCACAUACCCUCACAGCGGCACAGACCCGACCACCCACAAAGUCUUCUGCGCACAGAUAUGGCCUGUGGAUCAGGAGGCCUACUAUCGGUCCUACUUUAUGUUUGUGUUUGCUGUUGAGUUUGUUGGGCCCGUGAUCGUCAUGGCAAUUUGUUACGCCCACAUUUCCAAAGAGCUGUGGUUCAAAAAUGUCCCUGGUUUCCAGACGGAGCAGAUAAGAAAGAGGCUCCGCUGCCGCCGCAAGACAGUUAUGGUUCUGAUUGGGAUCUUGACAGCCUACAUCCUUUGCUGGGCACCGUACUACGGCUACACCAUUCUGCGAGAUUUCUAUCCAACUCUGAUCUCUCGCCAGAAGAACUCACUGGUGGCGUUUUACAUCAUUGAGUGUAUUGCCAUGAGCAACAGCAUGAUCAAUACCUUCUGUUUUGUGAGUGUCAAGAAUAACACAGUGAAGUACCUGAAGAAAAUUGUUCUCUUGCGCUGGCGGUCAACAUAUGCUCCCAGUAAGACGGUGGAUGAAAUGGACCUGAGGACCUCCUCUAUGCCGGUUACUGAAGAGAUUGAAUGCAUCCACUUGAGGUGAGACAAACUAAAGCCAGAUUGCCUCUGAGAAAAAAGUGCAUUUCAAAAAGCUCAACAGAAGAGUGCAAACUGCUAAUGUUAAUGUGUGUCUUCGACACUGUGAUUUAAUAUUGUGCAUUGUGAUUUAUUGUUGGAAUUGUUUUUAAUUGGUUAUAUAACUGACUUAAAUAGCUGUUUUGCGAUUGUUAAUGCUUGUUUUGUACCUUUGUCUUUAUGGUUUUAAUGGAUUUUUGGACUGAUAGGGAAUUUUGCAUGCGAAAAAAACAAAAACAAAAAACAAUAGAAGACACUUUCCUCAAUGUCCUAAUAUAAGCUACUGGUAAAACAUUUUUGCUCGACUGUUUCAGCAUGUUUGGUAGUUGAAAAAUGUAUUUGUGUUCUCAAACAGUAAUAAAGAAUUACACCUGAAAGAAAAAAAGAAAAGCUUUGUUUGAUAUAUUAAGUUCAAAUUAAACAGGGAUUUGUUGUCUGUCUUGAAAUUAUAUAUAUAUAUAUAUAAAAUUUUCUUUCUUCCAAAACAUGUUUCCUAAGGGUUUAAACAGGUUAACUACAUGCAUGUAUUGAAAGGGAUUUAAAAAAGAAACAAGAUUAGUGGGAUUUAUUAGUUAGUCACGAUGCAAAUCACUGCAGAGGAACACAGGUGCCUCAAUAAACACUCAACU